CGAAUCUCCCAUGCAAAACAAGUGGGCGUGUCCAAACCAGGAAGAAAAUAAAUACAGCUAGUUGAACUAGCUAGAGUUGCCUCGAUGCUAAGAUUAAUGUUUUAGCUUGUCAGUAAGCGAUAUCUAGCUGCAUGAACUAAAGAAAUGACGGCUUCCAAGACGAUUGUGGUCUUCGGGAUUGUGUCUCUGUCCCUUUUUUGCUUCGCAUCAGUGAAAAAUUCCAACAUGGGAGUCAGGGGUGCAUUGCUAUUCGCAGGUCGAGGCUUGUUCCUAUUGGGUUUGUCUGGCUGGCUGGUGUCAGUUUUAUAUCCUUGGCUGAGACCCUCCUCUCCUUCUCCUCGUAAUCGCAGGGAAGUGCCUGAUGAGGAGGUGAAACGGAAACGAGACUUGGCCAGGAAAGAACAACAAAAGAAACAUUUAGAGAAGGCCACUUCUUACGAGGAGUCUGUGCUGAGGCCUCGGAACGAGUUCAGGCUGAGGCAGAGGGAGGAGCGUUUCUACCGCAUGACAGGGGAGGCCUGGAAGCUGACCCAGGGGCAGCCAUUAGGGGAAGGGGAAUCGCCUGAGCCGCAGUCAGAGGAGGAGGAGGGGAGCGACACCCCAAAUCGACAGGCUGUGAGGAGGAGAAAGCUGCCGGAGAGUGCCACCAGAGCCCCUCCGCAGCCUGAACGUCCUGUGGAAAAGAGGGUUGUGGUUUUGCCAGAAGAGCCACCAGAUGAUGCUGAGGGGGUUGUGAGGGUGGCUUUGAGGUGUCCCAGUGGAAGAACAGUCAAGAGGAAAUUUCUCAAAUCUGACAACUCUCUGGUCCUCUUGGACUGGAUGCUUAAGACUGGGUACCAUCCUGCGAUCUACACCAUCUGUACCUCCUACCCCCGCUGUCCCCUGGAUGUGGGCAGGGCCCUUACCCUUGAGGGUGCAGGUAUCAAAAUGGACACGGUCCUUAAUGUGGAGGAGAAGGACCCCUCCAUGACCUGAAGAAACAGUGCCAAUUCCCCUGGUCUCAAGGGGUAUUUCUGAACAGUUUUCCCACGUUUGCCAAAGAGAGCAGGUGAUCUGUAAGGACGAAAUGGAUUGCCAGUGGUAGUGCUGAUCGUUACCAGAGUUAGAGUUCCCAGAAUGGUCUAAAUGUGUUUCUGUGCUAUAUUUUUCUUGAAAUUAAUUGGCGGUUUUGAUGUUUUGAUAUAUGGCUCCCCCACCCCCAAGUAAAUAAAAAAUGGGUUUUGUUCA